AUGUCGUAUCCCUUCAGCCACACCCACCACCGCAGAGACGACGACGACGAUGAACCACCCACCGUUUAUCCCCCGCCGGGAAACACCUUCCCCAACCAGCCACCCCCAAACUACUAUGGCGCCCCUCCACCACCGCCCGAGACCAACGUGUUCCACACCUCUCACGUGCCACCACCAGGACACGUGUCCCAGGACUUCAACUACUCUGCUCCCCCUUCUCAUCACCACCACCAUCAUCAUCAUGAAACUGAUCACGGCUACUCCCACGCUCCUGCUGCAGCUGAUUACCCCCCUCCCGGAGCCACCUCCUCCGUGCACCACGUGGCUCACGAGACCCACCAUAUCCCUCAUUUCUCUUCUCACAACGCUCCCAACACCACCGUGAGCCACGUCAGCCACCAGGUUGAUACCAAACCCACCGUUAGGGUUGUCACCAAGGCUGGGCCCGAUUUCUCUCUCACCGUUCGUCAGGGCGAAGUCGUUCUCGCACCCUCCGAUCCAACCAAUGACUACCAGCAUUGGUACAAGGAUGAGAAGUACAGCACCAGGGUGAAGGAUGAAGAGGGAUGCCCUGCUUUCUCUUUGGUCAACAAGGCCACUGGUGAGGCCUUGAAGCAUUCCAUUGGUGCCUCUCAUCCAGUUCGGCUGAUACCUUACAAAGCAGACUACCUGGAUGAGUCUAUUCUGUGGUCCGAGAGCCGGGACCUAGGUGAUGGCCACAGAGCUAUAAGGAUGGUCAAUAACAUUCAUCUUAAUGUGGAUGCUUUCCAAGGUGAUAAGAAUUCUGGAGGUGUGCAUGAUGGCACUACAAUAGUCCUCUGGGGCUGGAACAGUGGUGAUAACCAGCGGUGGAAGAUCGUACCCUACUGUAAGUUUUCUGCACACUACAUAAUAAAUUAA